AUGUUGUACCAAGGAAUUAAAGCAUUAACAACAAAAUUCGCGCAAAUUAAAAACGAAGUUAACUUCUUAAAUAAUCAGUUAUUAAAUGUUGAUGAUGCCGUUCAAAAUUAUUUAUCUAGAAAUCCUAUUACAGUUUAUACACAGGAUGGACAAAAAAUGGAUGAUGCUCUUGGUGAUAUAGAUGAUAGAAUACAAUCUGUUCUAUCCAGAAUCUCAAGAAUGGAGCAAAAACACGAAAAAUUCGAAGAUUUUAUGACAGGUUCCUUAAAACCAGAAGAAAUUAAGGAUCUCAAAGUAGAAAUCAAGCAAGCAAGUAAAAUGUCAAAUGAUACUACUGAAGCAAUUCAAGCAAUCCAUCAAAAGAUUCAAGAUAACGCAAAAAAUGCAGAUGAUAAAAUCAAUGCAUUCAAAGAAUAUAUUUCUAAACAAAACGAAGUUACUGAAGAAAGAAUGGCCACAAAAGUCGAUAAAGAAGAAAUGAAUAAUUAUAUUUCAACGUCAAACAUUGCCGAACUUAUAAUGAUGUUCAAGAGUAUGCCACAGAGCAAGCAAGUUCGCAUACCUGAUAUCAUUCCUCAAGUAUUUUCUGAAAGCAAAUUAUCAAAUGACGAAAAAGUGCAGCGCUGCUUCGAAUUGCUGAACAUCGAACGUAACAGAGUUAACAAGGAGCAGGCAGAGAUCAUCAAUGAGUUCUCACAACUUAAGCGUCUCGCAAGUUCUGUCGUUGAUGACGAUGACAACGCAGCUUUAUCCCCAGAAAACUAUGAGCGUGUUGAAGUUAGAGACAUUGGAUGUGAUAGUGGUGUUACAGAAGCUUCGGAACCCAAAGCAACCCUCAUUCUUAGGAAAUACAAGAAAAGAACUGUUGCAACCAAUUUUGAUGGACCACAAAACUGUGAUAGUACAUGCGAAAAGAACAAAGACGAGUUGAUUGAAGUAAUGGACGAGAAUAUAAAGAACGCACCAUCAUCAUCUGCAAUAGAUACUGCUGCUUUAACUGCCAAAGUUUUGGAAGAUGUCGAAGGAGAAAUAACUGAAAAAUUAACAGCUGCAUUAACAGGAAUUGGUUCGAAUUUGCAACGUGGCGAUAUCAUUACUAUACUCGAUGGACUCAAAAACAUGGAAGAUAUCAAGAAAGACAUCGGAAAGAUCAAACUUAACCUCGAAAUGAAAGUUGAUAAAUCAAUUGCAAAGCAAGAGUUUGAUUCAUAUGUUAGAAGGGAUGAAUUCUUUUCUUACAUGGAAACAGGAAAUCUCAGACCACACGCUUAUGCAACAACUACAAGAGAACCUCCUGUUAGAUCUACAUCGAGAUCUGGAGCAUCAAGCAAAACUGUUGUUACUCCAAGAAAGAAGACACAAUCAGACUUGAAAGGUCCUCUUCCUCUUGUCCCAGCAAGGAACUCUAAAAUGUUGGGAGUUAAUGAUAAAUACGCUGUUGGUGAUGAUGGUAAAAUGUAUUUCAAAGAACUUGGAGAAACUUUGCCUGCAACUCUUACGAAUAGAUCAGCAAAAACUUCUUAUUACGAAAGAAGUAAGUCAAUGAUGGAAAACGAGAAUGGAAUAGAAACUGUUUUAGACUUCCAGCCUUUUGUUCCUUUGGAUAGUCAGAAGAAUAAUAGUCCAAAGGAUUAA